GAGCUGCUCAUUGCCGGCAUGGGCUGCCGGGGGCUCCUGCCGGGCCCACAGCUAGGGACUUCCGCGGCAGGGCCAAGCUGGCACCUUGGGACCCCCUGAUGAGGGUGUGAAGCAGCAGAACUCGCCAGCACCGCCUGCCCGCCCGCGCCUCCUCGCCUGCUAGAAUGUUCCUCAUGAACGCCCCCCCUGUGCUCGCUCUGCAGUCCAGAUGGGAGGCCUUCCGCCCGCCCGGGGGCUGUAGGGCUCCUGGCUGCUUCUCGGGGCCUGCGGGGAGUGUGGGGGACGCCGCGGUGAGUGCGGGGGUGCAGAUGCUCAUCCGCACACUGCGCCGAGGUGACCCAGCGGCCCUGGGCGCCAGCCCUGAGCGCGGCCCACAGAGACGCCAGGGGCCUGAGCGCCCCGCCCCACCCGCGCCACUGCCACGCAACUCGGUGUCCAGUGCUCCUGCUUCUGCUGACCCCCACCUGGCCGGGGAGGGAGCCACAGACCCGGGCCCCCCCGUGCCAGACUCAGACAGCGACGACUCAGUGGACAGGGGCAUUGAAGAGGCCAUCCAGGAGUACCUGAGGGCCAGGAGCAGCGGCCCCCGGCCCCCCAGGGCCACACACGCCGACCUCCGCUGCCCCCAGCAGCCCCCACGGGCCGCGUCAUGUCCCCCCAGACCGGCCCGCUACCCCAGCGGUGGCCCCCAGAGGGCCUGCGAGCCCCUGGGCUCUGCCUCCCCGGGCAGCGGCAGCAGUGAGGACUCCUUCGAGCAGAGCAUCCGCGACGAGAUCGAACAGUUCCUGAGUGAGAAGCGGCUGCUGGAGGCCCCCGGAGCAGCCGGCUGCGUGGACAGGCAGGAGGAGUCCGAGGAGCUGGCAGCCCGGCCAGCGCCCAGAGCCCGGAAGGAGCCGGAGCUGACCGCGGCGGCCAAGGAGUUCGUCUUCCGGAAACCCCCCAGGUUUGCCAAGGUACCUGCCCCGCCCAGGAGCCUCAGGUCCAAGGCCACCCCCGAGCCGGGGCUGGGAGGCACCAGGCCCACCACCUGCCGCUCUGCUGAGCCGGCCCAGCCCAAAGGCGGGGUCCGGAGGGCCAGCGGCCCUGGGCGCAGGAGCAGGCGCGGCCCGAGCGCAGUCGUCGUGCAGGAGGCGCCGGACUCCAGCAGUGACGACGGCAUCGAGGAGGCCAUUCGGCUCUACCAGCUGGAGAAGAGGAGGGGCACCAUGCCCGAGAGCCACAGGAAGGCAGCGGCCAGCAUAAGGAGGCCGCCGGCUGGGAAAGCCGCAGACCCGGGCCCCAUUGCCCCGGAUCCCAGCCCGCCUGCCAGGCCGCCCGCAGACCCCAGCAGAGGGGAGGCAGGAGGGCGAGGCCCGUGCCCGGCUGACGCGUCCACGGAGCUGCUGUGCGCUGAGGCCAUCCUGGACAUCUCCAAAACCAUCCUGCCCACCCCCACCGAGGGCAGGGAGCGAGCCCUGGCUGCCGGCCUACCCGGCUCCCCGCCACACGUGCCCUCUGGCUCGGACGGGGCCGGCAGCUCCGUGGACAGCGAUGACAGCAUCGAGCAGGAGAUCCGGACCUUCCUGGCACUGAAGGCGCAGGCAGGCGUGGCGCCGGCCGCAGUGGAAACCAGCCCAGCCCCUGUCCAGGGACCCCCGGGCCAGGCUGGCAGCCUCCGGGCCCCGCUGCCCCGCACCCUGGCCCUGUCACUGAGCCACAAGAGAAGACGCAGAGCAGGUGGACACGUGCCAGCAUUGGCCACCCCCAGGGAGAUGCCACUGGAGGGGACCCAGGAAGCCAGUGCCCAGCAGGGGAGGGUGAGCGAGACCCCCGCGAGGGAGGGAGAGAGCAGGGCCCACGCCCCACUCCCCAGGACAGGGGGGCUCGGGGGUGAGCUGGAGGCCCCAGACGCACCCCCCAGUGUGUCCCUGGGCUCCGCCAGGGCAGAGGAGAAGGAGAGCUCAGACGACAAGAGCAGCUCGCUGGACAGCGACGAGGACCUGGACACAGCCAUCAAGGACCUGCUGCGUUCCAAGCGGAAGCGCAGGAAGGGCUGUGGGGACCCCCGGGCCGCGCCCCCCCUGAAGGUCCGACUCAGCACCGCGCCGAAGGUCCUGUACCAGCUGGAGGGGCUGCAAAGGGCCUGGAGGCACAAAGGCCCGGCGCUGUGGCGACGCUGCUUCCCCAAGCCCAGGGGGUCCCGGGGGAUGUCCCGGGAGCCCACCCCCAGCAGUGCACCCCGGAGAAGCCCAGGGGAGGAGGUGGACGCUGAGGGUGGGCCCCCGGGGCUGCUGACCCGGAGAAGCCCAGAGGCGACCCUGUUCUCGGGGCCCCAGGAGCUGCGGCACCCAGCGCCGAGCCCCAGUUCCGCGUCCGAGGAGGACAGCAGCUCCGUGGACAGCGACGACAGCAUCGAGCUGGAGAUCAGGAAAUUCCUGGCCGAGAAGGCCAAGGAGUCCCUGGGGGGGCCCAGCACCCCAGGCACAGGCGGCAGCCCCCGGCCCGAGCCACUCUGCCGAAAGGCCCUGCCUGCCGGCAUGUGCACCCGGAGCCAGAGGGGCCGGGGGGCCGCCAGCCCUGCCAGCACCUUCGCUCAGGCCGGCAGGAGCAGCCCUCGGAUGGAGCCGGCCCAAAGAGACCUGGCACCCCCCAGGGGCACCAAGGGCUCGCCCGGCGGUCGCAGGCCCUUCUUUGCCCACAGAGACCAGAGCCCCCGCGUGGCCGAGCCUGCGGCUGGGGACGGCACUUUGGGGACACUCGCGGGCUGCGUUGUGGCGGCCAUCCCGGCAGAGAGCCCCAGUGCGCGCUGCCCAGGCCUGAGCCCCCUGCGUCCCCUGAGCCGGGGUCUGGCGGUUGACAGGGAUGUGGGAGCCCCCGCGGGCCUGGCCCUCCCGUGGGCAGACUUUGCCCAGCAGAGCCGGCUACAGAGCCUGUGGGCCCUGAGCCCCGAGGGCGGUGGGGGGGCCUGGCAGGGGGCUGAGGGCCAGGCCAGGUGCCCGCCCGGCCCAGCUCUGGACGCCAAGAAGGGCCUGGCCCUGGCCGGCUUCUCCCCGCUGCUGCCCACGCAGCUGUUCCACUUCGGGAGGAGUGUCUCCUGGGGGGGCCAGCCCGCUGGCCUCUUCAGCAGCCCCCUGGGCGUGCCCCUGCAGGGACCCUCCUUCUCGGGCUUCCAGGGUGCCCAGGCUGCCCAGGGGCCCGUGUUCGGCAGCUCCCACGUGCUCCUGAAGAGGGACGGGGGAUGCUGGCCGCCGGGGAGAGCCCCAGCUGGGCGUGGUGGGCACGACGCCAGGCGCCGGGGCGCGGAGGGGGGCACCGUGGACUCAAGGCGCGGAGGGAGGCCAGCAGCCAGGGAGGAGGACGAGCAGGAGACCCUGGGCAGUGGCGCCAGCGACCUCAGUGACAGCUCCAUGGAGGAGGGCACACGCAGCCCGCUGGCGAGGGGCAAAGUGCUGGAGCUCUGAGAGCCCAGGCCACUGGCCCCACGCGGUCCCCAGUCCGGUUUCUGUGACAGGAAGCGUUUUUAUUUAACAUGUGUGUGCUGGUAAAUAUGAUUUUUGUAGCUUUUUUGUAAAUUAUUUAAAGUGCUGUACAAAAUAUUUUUGGGAGAUAGAGUCACUGGCUUUUGUAGGACGGUCCCCGCUGCCCCUGCUGUCCAUCCUGUGCCAGUCUUGGUGGCAGACCCCGAACUGGCCUGCACAGGGGGUCUCAGGCUGGCAGACGCCCGUAGCCCUGA